AAAUGUCAAUGAAUCCAAACCCCACACACGUCACCGGUUCAGAGUAUAUACCUCAAAAAAUCUUUUCUUAUUUAUUUUUGCCUAUUUUUCCUCUCAAGCGGCGGCGUUUCAAUCAUUUCUCUCCCUCUUUCAAACACUGUCACACACACACAGAGCUCGAGCUGUAGCAAAGCGAAAAAGCAAUGUCCAUGUCGAUGCUCCAGCCAUGCCUCUCAGGCUCAACGUCUUCAUUCCCCUUCAAACGCACCGUUUUGGUGUGCUGCGCUCCGUCGCAGCAGUCCCACGUGGAGCUGGUGAACGGACCGGUGCUCGACGCUCGGAUCCCCCAGCGAACCGAGAUCCGAUUCGGUUUACCUAGCAAAGGCCGCAUGGCCUCCGAUACACUAGAUCUUCUCAAAGAUUGUCAAUUGUCUGUGAAGCAAGUGAAUCCACGACAAUACGUUGCGCAAAUUCCUCAGCUUGCCAAUUUGGAAGUUUGGUUUCAGCGGCCAAAAGACAUUGUUCGGAAAUUGGUUUCUGGAGAUCUAGACCUUGGUAUUGUGGGUUUUGAUACAGUCAGUGAAUAUGGCCAGGGGAAUGAAGAUCUUAUUCUUGUUCAUGAUGCUCUUGAGUAUGGGGACUGCCAUUUAUCACUGGCUAUUCCCAAAUAUGGGAUUUUUGAGAACAUAAAUUCUCUAAAAGAGCUAGCACAAAUGCCUCAAUGGACUGCUGAAAAGCCUCUGCGAGUUGCUACUGGAUUCACCUACCUAGGUCCUAAAUUUAUGAUAGAAAAUGGACUAAAGUAUGUGACUUUUUCAACUGCUGAUGGAGCACUGGAGGCAGCUCCUGCGAUGGGCAUAGCUGAUGCAAUUUUGGACCUUGUGAGUAGUGGAACAACACUGAAAGAAAACAACUUGAAAGAAAUUAAAUGCGGAAUUGUGUUGGAAAGCCAGGCUGUUCUUGUUGCAAGCCGGAAAGCAUUGAUCCAGAGGAAAGGUACAUUGGACAUAACGCAUGAGAUUCUUGAAAGAUUGGAGGCACAUUUGAGGGCUGUUGGUCAGUUCACAGUUACUGCAAACAUGAGGGGAAGUAGUGCAGAGGAAGUGGCUGAGAGAAUACUGAGUCAGCCAUCAUUAUCUGGACUGCAGGGACCUACUGUAAAUCCAGUAUUUCGUAAACGUGAUGGGAAGGUAGCCUCAGAUUACUUUGCCAUAGUCAUAUGUGUACCCAAAAAGGCAUUGUACAAGUCUGUAAAACAACUGAGAGCGGUUGGAGGCAGUGGAGUUCUUGUUUCUCCUUUGACCUACAUUUUUGAUGAAGAGACUCCAAGAUGGCACGAGCUUCUCAGAAAACUUGGACUUUAGUCCAUUGUAGUAAUUGUGUUGAGCAUGUUAUUGCAGCUAUGCUGUUUGCAUCAAUGUUGAAGAGUUUUUUGUGCUCAUACCAGCUAGAAGGCAGACUUGAUCAUACACGAUGUACUUUAGUAAUGAAAUUUUUCAAGCAAUUUUUGUGAUCUUAUUUUUUAUAUUUAUAUUAUUGACUUUUUUUUUUUUUUAGUUUACAUAUAUUUUGUUUAUUGCUCUGUAAUGUAUGUUGCACAGGCAUACGACUAGUUGUAGUUUAUUUGGUUGUUAUAGCUCACUUGUGGACAUGA